AUGAACUGGACUGAAGGUGCACUGGCUCGCCACUCUCGCCGCAAAGGCUGGGACAAGGACGCUGCUCGGCAAAAACAAUAUUUUGCAAAAGCCAGAGCUAAGAAGAAUGCCCCUUCAUCCAGCAAAGGUCUAGACAUUGUAUCAUUCGUCCCCGAUUACAUUAAGCAGCCACAACCACAACAACCUCAGGACCACUACUCGACCUCGUCAACCCCUGCAAAGAAACAAAAAACACCAAAGAGAAAACUUAUACAUAUACAGCAUGACACCAGCGAAGCCCCUCGUCGUGGCCUUGUUCAGGGUAUUAACAUUGAACUCCCGAAGCCUGGAAGCGGGCUUUCCCCAGUACUUCAUUCCGAGAAAGACGACCAAGAACUGGAUAUCGCGACCAAGAGGCGCAAAUUGCUUGAAAAGGAUGAUUGGAUGGGUGUUAGCACUCAGAAGCCCUUGAAGGUGAACUAUGCUUGGCGAAAGGAUUGUUCUCCCCAACCACGAGGAACCUCCAACUUCAAACAAAAUAUUACGUCUCUUCUCCCAACAUACGAUCAACAUGACCACUCCAAUAGGAGAACAUUGGGUCGACUGUCUAACAAUGAAAUGAGAAUCAACAUAGGGAGCCAGAACCUUCGCUGGAGCCGGGAAAGCAACUCAGUACGAAGUUUUGCUACGCGACAAGGCCUCCCCAAUCACAUUAGUUCGAGCCCAGACAGGUCGCUCAAUCUGGGACUAAUAUCGCCUUACCAGCUACCCUCGGAUGUUCAAGCACCCAAAACGGCUACAAUAAAGCCCCGAAAGUGUGAUAGAAGUCCAGGCCGCCUCGAUCCUCGGAACAAACUAUUCAGCCUUUCAAAUGGUGCCCUGGAUACCGCACACAGAAAUAGUAACCAAAAAUUGAGCAGGCGUGAGGGACCUGACGAACCGAGAUUCGUCGCAAAGGCUCACAUACCUAUGAUACAUCAACCACAACCAAUCCGGGAGACACGGCCUUCGAUGAUCAACAUACGUUCACCUGACUUCGAGGAUAAUAUGAGUACUACUGCUGUUCUAGGUGCUCCAAGGCGAUCUUCUAAUCGUAUCACACCCGAAGAUAUACGGUGGAACUUAUGGUUGAACCCCAAGACUACAACAGCAUCAAGUGAGCCAGCUCAAACAAACGAAGUGAGAGAGCCCUCAAGACCUAUUAGUCCUGGAAUCAGCCAGUUUUGGAACUCAUCGGAGAAACAUUCGCAAACACAAAGCCCAGCCCAACCUCGAACUCCACCACAUAGAUCGUUGGGCCAGAUUGAUGAGCCACAACUACAAUCUUGCGAAACCUGGACGUCUCACGUAUUUUCAUCAGACAAUAUCCAAAAUAAGAUACUAAGUUCCGAACCAGGACUGCCUGAAGUACAGGCAGAAGGCGACUUGACUACACCCACUGCUCUACAAACUCGCGAAUCACUCAAGAACCCGGACCAUGAUCGGCGCGAGGCCCGGGUCAAGCCUCGAAGUGACUGGAUACUUCCAGCGCGGAAAAACACAAGAAAAACCAACAAUUUUCGAGACAUGCUAGACUUACUAACUGAGAACGAAGAUAAGAACGGAGCAGUGACUGAAAAGCACGUUAAAGAGAAAACGACACUAAAUUCUGAAGACGAGGAUGAGAUUUGGAAAAGGUUUGUUUUCGAUAACGAUCCUGCUGAGACUACUCGCAAAGCCCUUGAUGAGGCGAAUGAGCAGACCAAACGCGAGCUGGGCCUCAAAACAACAACCGGUCCUUGUGCAUUCCAAGACUUACCAAUAGCCUCAAGUUCGACGGCACCGCGCAGUGAUGUUGCUGAGCCCCCUUCAGCGACACGAGAUAGCUCAUUAUCGACGAAACAAACGCCCUGUAUCGCAGAUGAUCAGAUAGGAGUGCCGCUGGGCACAGGCCCAGACUUGGACCUGGAGGAACAGUCAUUAUCGGAGGUCACCGCAAACGCAGAUACCGCAGAUGGCAUCGACUCGAUCGUUGCUCAGCCUUCGUCGCCCGAGCCGUUACAGGCCGAGUUCACAUUCCACCAGCCGCAACUCUUCAUUGGAAGACUAGCUGCCGAUGCCCCCUCUAAUAUACCAUCCGUAACCUUAUAUGGACCAAAGAAGGGCAGGCGACGGAGGAAGCACAGGGACAAAGCGCGGCCUGAUUUCCGCGCCAUGCCGGACUAUGACGAUGAUCCAAUUGAGGAAGACUAA